GGACAAAUAAAUAUAUCUAGCGUCGUUUUUCGUUGACUGGGAAGUUGAAAACUACGUACCGAAACAAUGUGAAAGUCAUACUCACUUUAGAAAUAAUAGGGAUAAGCAGAUCUAAAAGAGAAAGCUGUWAAUAUCUAACUCGUGAUGACAACAGCCAAACAAACGUUUGUCAUACGUUUGUUAGGCUUACCACAGGAAGCCCAAGACCGGAAGAAAGCGAGCUCACACUCCCCGCAGACGUUUUAGAAUCUCACGAGAUACGAGAAACAAUCUUGCACACGUGGCAUUGACUCAUAUCACCAUAGCAAACUAARGMAGGUUAAGAAAGACGUGUUGGCUAUUGAUUUUUUGCUGUAACUAUAAGUCAAGAUAUUUUUGGRGAAAGGAUGGCACAAGACAACAGGCAAACUAUUUCUGAUAAUGCACAUUCUGACCAUACUUUGAUUGAUAUUGGAGCUACCUUUAAUGCAGCAACCAACGAAAGCAAUACAUUAAUAUGUCCUGCUCGCAAUGCAGAUGUCAAUGCAACCGAUAAUGGCAACACAGACGCUGCACGUGCUUUGAUUGAUGCUGGUUCUGAUGUUAAUGCAAUAGAUACUUUUGGAGAUACUCCAUUGAUUGGUGCUGCUAAGUCACGCGAUAUAGAGGCUGUACGUACUGAAUUGAUUGGUGCUGCUGAGUCUGGCAAUGUAGAUGCUGUACGUGCUUUGAUUGAUGCUGGUGCUGAUGUUAAUGCAAAUCCGUUUGGAGGUACUGCAUUGAUGGGUGCUGUUAAGUCUGGCAAUGUAGAGGCUGUAUGUGCUUUAAUUGCUGCUGUUGCUGCUGAUAUUACUAUUAGGUUUGGAGAUACUGCAUUGAUGGGUGCUGCUAGGUCAGGCAAUGUCGAGGCUGUACGUGCUUUGAUUGAUGCUGGUGCUGAUGGUAAUUCAAAUCUGUUUGGAGGUACUGCAUUGAUGGGUGCUGUUAAGUCUGGCAAUGUAGAGGCUGUACGUGCUUUAAUUGCUGCUGGUGCUGAUGUUAAUGCAAAUCCGUUUGGAAAGACUGUAUUGAUGGGUGCUGCUGAGUCUGGCAAUGUAGAGGCUGUACGUGCUUUAAUUGAUGCUGGUGCUGAUGUUAAUGCAAAUGCGUUUGGAGGUACUGCAUUGAUGGGUGCUGCUAGGUCAGGCAAUGUCGAGGCUGUACGUACUUUGAUUGCUGCUGGUGCUGAUGUUAAUGUAAAUACGUUGAGAGGUACUGCAUUGAUGAGUGCUGCUGAGUCUGGUAAUGUAGAGGCUGUACGUGCUUUGAUUGAUGUUGGUGCUGAUUUUAAUGCAAAUGCAAAUGUGUUUGGGGAUACUACAUUGAUGGUUGCUGUUAAGUCUGGUAAUGUAGAGGCUGUACGUACUUUGAUUGCUGCUGGUGCUGAUGUUAAUGUAAAUACGUUGAGAGGUACUGCAUUGAUGAGUGCUGCUGAGUCUGGUAAUGUAGAGGCUGUACGUGCUUUGAUUGAUGUUGGUGCUGAUUUUAAUGCAAAUGCAAAUGUGUUUGGGGAUACUACAUUGAUGGUUGCUGUUAAGUCUGGUAAUGUAGAGGCUGUACGUACUUUGAUUGCUGCUGGUGCUGAUGUUAAUGUAAAUACGUUUAGAGGUACUGCAUUGGUGGGUGCUGCUAAAUCUGGUAAUGUAGAGGCUGUACGUACUUUGAUUGAUGCUGGUGCUGAUGUUAAUGCAAAUAUGUUUAGCGAGACUGCAUUGGUGGUUGCUGCUAAGNCACUAUUGAGAAUGGAACAAAAGAAAACCUUCAUGAUGUGCUUCAUUUACUGA